AUGUGCAGUGGCAUGCACCGUGGGGUGCUACCGGGGGACGCGGGAGCUGAGGUGGGGCCCAGCCCUGCUCACGGGCUCCUUUCCUGUUGGCAGGAGCCGAAUAACCUGAAGGCCCGGAACUCCUUCCGCUACAAUGGCCUGAUCCAUCGCAAGACGGUCGGGGUGGAGCCAGCCGCCGACGGCAAGGGCAUUGUGGUGGUGCUGAAGAAACGGGCAGGUCAGCGCAAGCCAGCCACGUCCUAUGAGAAGACGACCAUUAAUAAGAACGCCCGGGCCACCCUCAACAGCCUGCGUCACAUCAUUCGCAAGAACAACUACCGCAAGGACCUGCGCAUGGCCGCUCUGCGCCGCGCCAGCGCCAUCCUGCGGAGACAGAAGCCGGUGGUGGUGAAGAAGAAGAGAACUCGGGCUACCAAGACUGCGUGAAGGGCGCUCGUGUCCCAAUAAAGCGUUCAAACCAG